CUUCCCCCCUUUUUUUAAUACAUAUUUCUAAUAAAAAAAAAUGUCUAGAGCAGCAACGAUAAAUGAAGUAGGGAUAAAAAACUCAAUGACAAAAAAAGAAACAAAAUCAUAUGUUCAUUUCAUUGCUGGAGGGUAAUGAAUUCAAACUAAUAAUAAUAAAAGAGUUUUGUGUUAUUUAUUUAUUUGACAGUGUCGGUGGUCUUGUUGGAGCCGUUUGUACUUCUCCUUUAGACGUUGUUAAAACUCGUUUACAAUCAACAUUUUAUCAACAAGGGAUAGAGAAAGGCAUAAAACAUGAUAUUACAAAAUCUAUAUGGAGUCAUUUUGUCGAAACUAGUAAAUUAUUAGUGCAAAUCAAACAAAUCGAAGGUAUCCAAGGAUAUUUUAAGGGUCUUGGGCCAAAUUUAGUAGGUGUUAUACCAGCAAGAGCAAUCAACUUCUAUACCUAUGGUAAUGGAAAAAGGUUAUUUACAGAGUUGAAUCAGGGAAAAGAAACCCCCAUCGUUCAUUUAACUUCUGCUGCAACAGCUGGUGUAGUGACAGCAACAGUGACAAAUCCUAUUUGGGUAGUAAAGACAAGAUUACAAUUACAAGGGAAACAAAAAAUAUACCUGAAUAGUUUUCAUUGUACAAUGCAAAUUUUAAAGCAGGAAGGAAUAAAGGGAUUAUACAAAGGUAUGAGUGCAUCCUAUCUUGGUGUAGCAGAAGGUACAAUUCAAUGGGUUGUUUAUGAACAUUUAAAAAGAAGAUGGGCUCAUUCACCAUCAACAUUACUUUCGGAUGAUCAUACAUUAACCAUUGGUGGUAAAAGUGUUAAAGCUUGGUUUGGUAAUUUAAGUGCAGCAGCAAUGGCAAAAUUAAUAGCAGCCUGUGUUGCAUAUCCACAUGAAGUAAUUAGAACAAGAUUAAGAGAGCCUAUUCCAAAGAAUGGCACGCCCAAAUAUACAGGCUUAUUACAAUGCUUAAAACUGGUUGUAAAAGAAGAGGGAUUUAUUGCAUUAUAUGGUGGUAUGUCAGCACAUUUAAUGCGUGUUGUACCUAAUGCUGCUAUCAUGUUUUUCUGUUAUGAAGCUAUUAUGCAUAAUUUUGGACAAUAAAAUAAAUAAAUAAAAAAAA